AUGUUUUGCCAUGUUGUCGUCAAGGAGGAGGAUCGCAAGUAUCACCGUUACUUGUGGCGUGACAUGGAUUCAACAAGACCGCCAGAUGUUUAUGAAAUGAACUGUUUUGUAUUUGGUGACAAGUCCUCACCCUGUGAAGCGAACUUCGCAGUUAUCCGUAGGACGGAAGAUAACCAGGAUCAAUGGCCAGAAGCUGCAGCUACAGUCAGGCGAGACACCUUCGUGGACGACUUCUACAGUUCCUGCAAUGAUAUGCCGCAGGCAGCUUCCUUGAGAGCUGAUGUCUCAUCCCUGAUGGCUAAGGGUGGUUUUCCUAUGCGAAAGUGGCUAUCCUCUUCACCGGAAGUGCUGAUAACGAUACCGGAAACCGAACGGAGUAUCUCGAAUGAAAACUUACAGCAAGGUGUGUUGCCAACUGGUCGAGCAUUGGGAGUUCGGUGGGAUGUACGAUCAGACACUCUAUGACUCACUUAUGCACAUGUUGAACGUCCAUCCACCCAGUCGACCAAACGCGGUAUUCUAGCCAAAUUAGCUGGCCUAUAUGAUCCACUGGGAUGGUCGAGUCCAUUUACGGUACGUGUAAAAAUCACCCUGCAACGCACAUGGUCCAGAGGACUAGAUUGGGAUGAACCCUUACCAGUCGACAUCGCAUCUGAAUGGGUUAAGUGGGAAUCCGAGGUCGCAGCCCUAAAGGCUUUCGCAGUACCACGGUACAGUUACAGUCUGUCAUCAGAAACAUUGACGAGAGAGCUUGUGGUUUUCUGUGACGCCUCGGAAGAUGCCUGCGCAGCUGUCGCCUAUAUGCGUGCAGUACUUGUGGACGGUGAAGUCAUAUGUCACCUAGUCAUGGCGAAGACACGCCUCGUGCCAUUGAAAACGAUCUCCAUUCCCAGAGGAGGGCUGAUGAGUUAA